AGUGGACUCUGGUGCAACUGUAUCGUGCGGGACGGCCUGCAGGGAGAGCACGUGAGCAGACGGACCGCAGGUACACAGCAGAGGAAGGAACGCUCAGUGUUUUGGAUCGUGCAGUUUAUUCCGCAGGGUUAACGGGUAAUAACGGUUCCGUCUGCAUGGCAACGGGUAGGCUCGUAGAGGUGUACCUGGACCUGCUGUCGCAGCCCUGCCGGGCGAUUCACAUCCUGCUCACCUGCAACAAGAUCCCGCACCGAGUCCGACCCGUGGCGCUGCGCAAAGGAGAACAUCGGAGUCCAGAAUUCACUAAACUGAACCCCAUGCAGAAGGUUCCUGUCAUGGUGGACAGCGGCUUCGUCCUCACAGAGAGUCUGACUGUAAACUGUCACAGCGACGCCAUCCUCAAGUACCUGGUGACCAAGUGUGACAUCCCCGAGCACUGGUAUCCACGGCAAAUGGAGCGACGAGCUAGAGUGGACGAGUACACGGCCUGGCACCACACUAACACACGGGCACGCGCCGCCAAAGUCUUCAUUCUGGAGGUGCUGCUGCCGACACAGUUUGGUGCUCAGGUGGAUGAAGAGCGUCUGAAGCUGGCGCUGUCGGAGCUGGAUGACACGCUGGAUAAACUGGAGUCCAUGUUCCUUCGUCGGCAGCCAUUUCUCUGUGGCGAUGACAUCACCGUGGCCGACCUGCUCGCCAUCUGUGAGCUCAUGCAGCCUCUGGGAGGGGGGCGGGAUGUCCUUAAGGACCGCCCACUGCUGCAGCGAUGGAAGAAUCGCGUCCAGUCAGCUGUUGGCGAGUCAUUCGAUGAAGCUCAUGCUGUGCUGUACGGCGUCAGGGACCGUCGCCAAGCCCGGCUUUGAUGUCACCGAGGGGCAGGGCAUCAUUAUGACCCUCAGUGUAGCAGAUUGGUUGGAGGAGGGGUUUGAUUUCAGAUCAGUAAUUUGAAACUUUAAAUUUUAUAACAAUCAAAAUGUUUAACAGAAGCUUAAGUCAAA